AUGUUUGAUACAGUUGCGGCAGUCAUGAUCAUUGUGAAUUCCAUUCUGAUGGGAUGGGAGACAGAAGCGCUGACAACAAAUGUUUCGAUGCCGGAGUCCUUAGAAGUGAUGAUGAUUCUUUGUAACAUUUACUUCUGCUUGGAGAUUAUGCUGCGUGUUGGCGGGCUACGGGCAGGAUUCUUCACGGAGGAAAGCAGGAAUUGGAACUUGUUUGAUCUGGGCCUCGUGCUUCUGCCACUUGACGGUCGCUGGUCGAUACCUUCCUACUUUAUCAACAGGUUGUUGCUGGAGCGCCUUGGCAUUUUCUGCGUGCCUGUUGUGGGGAUCGUGGACUCGAUGAAGUCGCUCCUUUGGGCGUUGAUCAUGCUGGCUUUUCGAUUCAAUUUGUUUGCGGAUCUUAUUUCGGACCUGACAAGGGAGUUGCAGGGAAAGAGACUUAUCCCCGAGGCCUACACCUUGGUGCAGGCAAUGCUCGGUGGCAUCAGUUGGGGGGAGGUGUCAGAUGUCCUCAUGGAUAUUGACGUGUGUCCUGGCUUGAGUGGGAGCAUGGAUUUUGCCUUUGCCAUUCAGCUUCGGAGACAGAGGAUUUCACCUGCACUGCUGCUCCUCUAUGUCGCCUUCACCAUGCUUGCAGCACCUGGGCUGCCGAUUUGCCACACGCUUGCGCGCACGCUUGCCAGCACUGCCCAAGCGGAGAGGCUGAAUACCAGAAAAAAGUAUCUCAAGUUGGAAGGUGCAUUUGUGGACAAUGCGUUGAACUUGGCCAGCCAGCAGCGUGACUUUCAGAUUGAGAAGGAGAUGGAGAGCAAGGAGCAAUAUGCGCAUCAAAUUCGGGCACUGUUCCAGACGAUUGAUGAUGAUGGCUCUGGAGAAGUCAGCCGAGCCGAAAUCAGGGAGAUGCUGGAAGAUCCCACCCUCUCGGCAUAUUUCAGAGUUCUCGGCUUCGAAACCACGGAUGCGGACUUGUUCUUCAAGCUCUUGGAUGUUGAUGACUCCAACGCAGUUAGCAUGCAGGAGUUCCUGGAUGGCUGCGCGCGGCUCAAGGGGCCUGCUCGUAACAUGGACGUACACGCCAUCCUGGCCGAGUGUCGUCGCAUCAGAAAAGCGCCCCUUGGCUUGAGAGACAGCAUGCUCAGCGCCUGGCCAUCAUGGCACGUAACAGCGCGCGCCAUUUGA